AUGCCGCAGGCGAGUGUCCCCUCCGACCGACCCACGGCUGGGAGUUUGACGAGCGGCCCCGGUGUUUCAGGCCUCAACCUCAAUUCAGAAAUCUCGGGCAUCUCAUUACCGGAAGCCGGUAAUCCCCCGCCUUCGCUUGAUCCGACCGGAACCGUUGAAAGACCAAGUGAGAAGAAGAAAAGAAGCCGCCGGACCCAGAAGGAGAUGGCCGUGUAUCGUGCGGAACAGGUCCAAAUAAAGAAACUGAAGGAUCAGCAGAAGCGGUCUAAGAGUCGGGGUCGUGUUGGCCAUCCUCGUCGAUCAACGCAAUCAUCCAUCGGUGCCAAUACAAUGGAACCCUCGGCUCCGGCGUCAUCCCAACCGUUGGUCCCUGACGUCAACCCUCCGUUCAACGCCGAUGACUACGAGAAUGUGUGUGGCUAUCUUGAGGAGGAAGCCAACUACACUCGGCUCUAUGGUGAUGGCUCAAAGACAACAGUGGGCGUGACCAAGGUGACCAAGGCAGCGGCCUACGACAUUUUCGCAAUCUUCAUCAACGACAAUUCGAACCAUCGCCUUCGCCUCACUGGAAGCCAACUGCGCCAGCGGGUUGAUGGAUACAAGAAACGUUUUAUGAAAGCGAAAGAGUUUGCCGAGAACACGGGGGCCGGUCUGGAGGAAGGUGAUGGACUGCCCACCCUCGCCGAGGUUCUUGAGAAGAAGUGCCCUUGUUACGAGCGGAUGUAUGCAAUAUUUGGGGGUAAGGCUAAUGUCACCGCACUGGCUCAGUUUGACUCAGGAAUAGGGGCGGACCUCUAUGAUGUUACGACAAACGCUCGGGACCCUGAAGAUCGGGAAUCGUCGCCGGAAGUGUUCUUGUCUGGGUGGGAAGAGUCCCAACGUGAUCGACUCCCUUCCGAGCUAAACACUCCGUCGUCGCAAGUCAAUCUAAGUGGUCGGGCAAGUGCCCUCGGUCCAGACUCCGACCUGGCCUUACCAAAUAUUAAUGCAAACGGUGGGCUUGACGAGGACGAACUGCCCCCUCCCCUCAACUUGAGUGGUACUGCGAUGGACCCCUCUCCCAGCCUCAUGACUCAGAGGUCAAUGGCCCGCGCAACUCAAGUUCGGACGGAAUCCCGCCGGGGAGGGUUGGACUCACCUACUACCUCUCAGCCGAAUACUCCUGCGAUAUCCGGUACUUUGCCGCUGGCCGAGAUGAGCUCGUCUCGCCAGGCUUUUCCAAAUCAACGGUCAACGGAGGCCAGCCCAGCAGGCCCGCCUAGAGAGCUCAAUCCAAAGACGAAAUCAACCAUGGCCUCGGCUUUUGAAAGCUCAAACACCGAGAAAUUUUCUUACCUUCAACAGCACAUGGCCUGGGAGAAGGAGAAGGAAAAUAACCGCCUCGCGUGGGAGAAGGAGCGGUACAACAAGGAGGCGGCUAAAGUGAAGAAUGGGGAGGAGGCCCGCAUGAAAUUGGCUGAGAAGAAGAUGGCUUCGGCGCGGGACUUGCUUAAUCAGGGGUCGACGGCGGCGGAGGUGGAUGCCCUUUUGAAAACCAUCUAUGGGUGA